AAGCCUGGCCGCUCCAGUCAAUGAUCCUCUCCAGCACCAUGGCUAUAUCACCCUUUACUCUCAAAUACUCACCCUGUUGGCUGUUUCCGCUGCAGUAAGGCUCGUCUGCUGAUGAUUAUUGUCCGUGUUGCCCCGCUGAGCGCUUGUCUGUGCGGUUAUAUGGAGGCUGGCUGCUACAGCUCCAUGACGAGCUAGGGAACAGGGAGUUGGUCCGCAGAGCAGCAUCUUGGAGCAGUGUAGAUGCCUUGGCUGAGAUGAGUGUCAAGGCCUUUGAGCUUGUCCCCGCUGUGGAGCGAGACCUCCUCAUGGGCGACAAAGCUCGGAUCAACAUUGAGUGCAUUGAAUGCUGUGGAAAGCACUUGUACGUGGGGACCAAUGACUGCUUCAUCCACCACUUCUUGCUGGACGAAGUCACUUCGUCCAAAGGCAAGCCGUGUUACUCGGCUCAGAAGCUACUGCACAAAUACCUUGGCUUAAAGAAACCAGUGGCAGAGCUGCGGGCUGCCUCUGCCUUGGAGCGCCUGAUAGUGCUUUGCGAGGGAAUAGUGUUCCUUGUUGACAUGGUAACGCUGGAGACCGUGCCCUCAGCAGCAGGAGGUGGUGCAAAGAUCAGAGGAGUGACUGCGUUUUGCAUUAAUGAGAACCCCGUGAGUGGAGAUCCAUUCUGUGUGGAAAUGGGUGUAAUUUCUUCGAAGAGACGGACCGUUCAGAUUUAUAUGGUGUAUGAGGACAGAGUGCAGCUGGCUAAGGAGGUGACCACUCCCGAGCAGCCCUGUGCCAUCAGUCUGGAUGGCUACUUCUUAUGCUUGGCCUUGGCCACGCAGUACAUGAUCCUGAACUACAACACAGGGGCCUCACAAGACCUCUUCCCUUACAACAGUGAGGAGAGGAGACCCAUUGUGAAGAGGAUCAGCAGGGACGAGUUCCUACUGGCUGCACCUGGUGGCCUCGGAAUGUUUGCCAAUGCAGAGGGGGUCUCUCAGCGAGCUCCAGUCAACUGGUCGGAGUGUGUAAUUGCUGCUGCUGUGUGUUUUCCAUACGUGGUGGCUUUGGAUGAGAACUUCAUCACUAUCCACAGCAUGUUGGACCAACAACUAAAACAAACACUCUCAUUCAGGGAUGGACACAUUCUGCAAGAUUUUGAAGGGAAGGUCAUGCUGGCUUCCACUAAGGCCGUGUAUGUCCUGGCUCCUCUGCCACUGGAAAGGCAGAUUCAAGAUUUGUUGGCCAAUCACAGGGUGGAGGAAGCACUCAUCCUCAUAGAGGGAGCGCAGAGAAAUAUUCCCAAAGACAAGUUCCAGAUUUUGCACAAAAGAAUCCUCCAGCAGGCAGGUUUCAUACAGUUUGGCCAGCUUCAGUUUCUGGAGGCUAAAGAGCACUUCAGGAAGGGUCAGCUGGAUGUGCGGGAGCUCAUCUCUCUGUAUCCUUUGCUGCUGCCGGCUUCCUCCUCAUUUACACGCUGCCACCCUCCUCUCCACGAGUUUGCAGAUCUCCACCAUCUCGCACAGGGUGAUCAGGAGAAGGUGGUGCGAUGCAAAAAAUUCCUCAUCACUUAUUUAAAAGAGGUACGAAGCACAGAGGUGGUGAAUGGCUGUCGAGAGGAUGUGGACACGGCUCUGUUGAAGCUGUAUGCCGAACAGGAUCACGACAGCCUCUUAGACCUCCUAGCUUCAGACAAUUCAUGUGUGCUAGCAGACAGCAUCCCUUGGCUGGAGAAGUAUCACAAAUAUUUUGCACUUGGGCUGCUCUAUCAUUGUAAUGGUCAGGAUUCAGCAGCACUUCAGUUGUGGAUUCGUGUGGUAGAUGGAAACCUGCAGGAUUCGACAAGGUCCGACCUUUAUGAGUACAUUGUGGACUUUCUCUGCUGCACCUCCAGUCUGGACCUCGUGUGGAAGUUUGCGGACUGGGCAUUGCGGAACAAUCCCACCAUAGGUGUCCAAAUCUUCACAAAGAGGCCUUCCAGCAAAAAUCAGUCAGAAAUGAGCCACGAUGAUGUCAUCACAUACCUGGGGAAAAACCACCAGGCGUUGCUUCUGUACUUGGAACACCUUGUUCUGGAGAAAAAGAUACAGAAGGAGAAGUUUCACACACACUUGGUCGUGUUGUACCUGGAGAGGGUCUUAUCAUUGCUGUCAGAGUCUCCAACGGAUGAAAAGAAGUUGACCAAAGCUCGAGAGAGGCUCCAGGCCUUACUCAGGGAGUCCAGCUUAUACCGUGUACAGUUUGUUUUAGGUAAAAUGGAGAACUGUGACCAACUGCUGCUAGAGCGUGCAACACUACAUGGAAAGUUAGAGGAGCACGACAAAGCACUACACAUACUGGUGCACAAACUCAGAGACUUCCCGUCCGCUGAGGCCUUCUGCAUGUGGGCCUCCUCCAGUCGAGAUUCUGCGUACCAAAAGCAGCUGUUUCACCUGCUCUUGGGUGCGUAUCUAGAUGGGAGCACUCCUGGGAAACCUCACGCAGCAGCAACUGCAGGUGGCGACAGUGGUGAGCUGGAUAUGGCAGCGGUGGACCUCCUGAAUCGGCACGGCGAGGUGUUCGAUGCUAUCCGUGUUCUUCAAAUGCUCCCCGAAGGCUGGUCACUACAGCUGCUGAGGCCUUUUCUGAAUCGUGCCAUCAGGGCUAGUAUGCACGCCUGCCGCACCUCCCAGAUUGCUCUGGGGCUCGCCCACUCUGAAAACGUUCAGCUGCUGCACGACAGGUUGAAAGAAUGCAGGAAACCCAUCUUGAUUUCUGAGAAAAAGGGAUGUCACCUGUGCCACAACACUUUCACUGAGCCGGGUGUGGUUUGCCUGCCAGGAGGAGUGCCCGUCCAUACUCAUUGCGUGGCACAGAGAGUGAGAGACUCCCCCACCAAGAGACAGUUGACUGACAGCAGUAACCACACGUGAGAUUAGACCUUUGACGCAGCUCUGUGAUCUGUGACCGGAGACAUCUUUACAGCAGGACAAAAUGAAAUUUUGUCUGGCUGUGGACUGUGGGGAGAACAAGAAGCACAGGACGUCGGUUUCCACAGUCUGCUUUGGUGUUGGCAAAAACACAAAGAAAGCUCGCCUAGAAUGAACCUUCCUGAGAGCGGGACAGAUGAUUUCACAUAUUUAUUAAUGUGCCGUAAUUAUACCACAUUUCCAGACUUGAAGUUUGAGCUCUGUUCAAUUUUGUGCCCGUCCAGUCUACACUGACACGGUUAUAAACCUGAAUUUGAGAAACAGUUCUGACUACAGAACAAUGUUUUAAUUCUGUGACAAAUAUUGCUCAGUCAUGAAUUGUAAUACCUGCCAUUCUGGUCUAAGCAACCCGUUGUAUUAAUACUCUCCUAACUUGCACAUUGCAUCGUUGGGUUUUAAUGUAAAAUACUACAAAGACUCAUAAGUCCUGAUUGUAACUGAGUCUUUUAAACGUUCUCAUCUGAUCUUGUUGCUGCUGCUUUUCCCUCUCUGCCAUAUGUUCAUUAGUUGCUGUAUCAGUAUUUCAGUUGAAUUUGGAUUUUUAAUUUGAAUUUUCUGUUCUCAAAGCAAGAAACUGUUGUUUGUAUCUUUGGUGAUGCAGCAACAUGAAAUCUCACAGAUGCUUAGUGGAGGGACAUAAUUGCAGUUUCCGUGCUACAGCUACUGUAAGGCCAAGUCUAACGGCCCAAAACAUGCACAAAUUAAAUAAUCUUUGUCAGUUUACCUGUUGUGAAAAAUCACUGCGUACAUUAAGGAACUGUGUGAAAACCGGUAAUUUCUUUUUUUCUUUUUCUUUUUUUUUUUAAACGUUCUGUUGUAGACCAAAUUAUUUACUAGCCAAUUAUUUAAUUAACCAAUACAGCUCAAGCUCAAGUUGGCGUAUUUGAUUUUUCUGCUUAAUUUAUAGGGAGGGCAAAAAUCAGGUCUGAUAGAUGAACGCUUUGAAAAUAGACUUUAAACCUAAAUCACAUUCCAACAAAGGUAUUUAUCGCCAACCAGUUUUUACGAUUAAAGUCAAGGUGAUGAGACAAACUGUGUAAUCAAGGCAUAAAAUAAACUGCAACACCAGUUUUCACAGCCUUGUAUCAAAUGCUUUUGGACUCCAUGUGGUAAGUGGUUUAAAAAGUAAGAAAACAGAUGAAACUUCGUAAGUUGAUGAUGCACGUAAUAAAUCGUGGAAAUAAUAAGAAUCAGUUCAAUUUAAUGUUCAUAUCAUUAAGUAUAAUUGAUAAUGACAGUCAAUUUAAUAUGAUUGUAAUAUUUUAACUCAGAAGUGGCAUUGUGUUACUGAUAUGAAUGGGGGCUAAAUUUCCUCUGCAUGUAUAAUGACAUGAACACAUGUCAUUGUGAGCUCAUUUGUCAUUGCAAAGCUCCUCUAACUUUUUAUGAUGGAGAUUUUCAGAAAACAAAACCUUUUAUCAACCACAGCUUGCAUGUAUCACCAAAUAUUACGGGAUUAAUGCAUUUUAGCUUUCAUAGCAGCCAUCUCUAGAGUGCUGGAGUUACCAUUUACUCAAGACACUUCUCAAAAUCUUUUAAGAGACGGGAGUUCUGCUGUUUGCAGCGGUAGAGGAUGGAAGACUGCACAAAAUCAUCAGUAGCCAAUGAG